AUGAUGUCCGCUAACCCAAAUCAGCUUCGAAUGCCGUCUUUUUUACGAGAUGAUUGUUUCUCCCAUGGCCUCUCCGCACUAUUUGCUGAACACUGCCAGGAUCGCACUCUCUUUUCAACCACCAUCUUCAGUCACAGUUUGACUGUCGUUCUCUCUUUGUCGUCUACCCGUGGCGUCGUUGCUUUUGCUCUUGAGCCUCGCGGUCUCGGGCUCGGUAAUUGGAUACUGCAUUUGAUAUUCUUGGAUACUCUUUCGCUUGCCCGCUCGUCUUUUAUGCCUUCCACGGACCACUACCCUAGGCUUCCCCCGUACAACUCUCGUGCUUGUUUCCGAUAUCAUCCCUACCCGAGAGUUGGGCGACGCUAUGAUCUAGUGGAACGUCUUGUGAGUGCCGACUAUGAAGACGACAUCGGGGAAAUAAUGAACUCGUCUCCACCAAUUUCUCUGCUUCCUUCCAGCAUGAUUAGCGCUACUUCAAAUGAUGACGUGUCAACUCUCGAGUUGGACGGUUGUGCUUUUCGGCACGAGGGAUCUGAUGUCGGACGAAAGCAGGAAAAACUGCGUGCUGCGAGGAAGUGGUUCACCAAUGUCGUACUCGUUGUAUGGCGCAGGUGCAGGACGCUUCCCACGGUGCAGUCGUGCCUCCCUGCCAAAGCGGAGUAG